AUGCUGAAGAUUAUGAUGAGGCUGAAGAAAAAGUUGACUAUGAAGAAGAAGAAAAAGAAGAAGAAGUUGAUGAUGUUGUUGAAGAAGCAGAAUAAAAAGGUGAUAAUGAUGAUGAUGAUGAAGAUGAGGCAGAUGAUUGUUGCUAUUAUUACUAGAUCGAUGAUGAUGAUGAUGAAAUAUACAGACGGGGAUGAUGAUUCUGAAAAAGAAGAAGAAGAGAAGAAGAAGAAGAAGAAAAAGAAGAAGAAGAAGAAAAAGAAGAAGAAAAAAAAGAAGAAGAAAAAAGAAGAAGAAGAAGAAGAAGAGGAAGAAGGAGAUGAUGAUAAUGAUAAUGAUGAUGAGUGA